UGUGAGGACUAUCUUGGGACUCUGUUCCUUUAAACAAUUCUGAGUGGUAUAUGAGUAUAAUUAAAUAAUGACUUUUUAAGGAGUAGACAUGAUCUGUUACUUUGCAUACGCCAGUGAGCGAGCCGCAAAUGAGAUAGAUGCACCAUUUGAAUCGUUAUAUCGUUCUGAUCCCCGGCUGCUGUCACAAUUCUUCUAUGCCGAUGAGAGAGUGACUCGAGUAGUAACAGAGAUUAAUUGCCUGGAUGUGGAAACAGAUCCUCAGCAAUAUCUGGUGCUGCUAAAUCAGCUGCACCAUAGUCAGGCUGAACUUUUGGCCAUCAUAGAGCAGAUAAUGGAUGAGUGUAUCCCUAAGAAUCGUCAUGGCCGUGACUAUGUUGUCAAAUUUCCCGAGGACCUUCUAGUGGACAAUCUCCGAAAUCACAUGCUGUUUGCUGCUGAGUGCUUGAUGGCACGCACCUAUAUUGAUGUAGAUGAGGCUGAUGGAAUACGGCUGCGACCUCUGGCCAAGGAUCUGCUGUGCAGCUUAGAACUGGUGCGGACAGUACUCCGGGAACAAAGCCUGAGCCAACAUGGUCCUUAUUCAGAGCCUGUCCGUAGGGCACUGAUUCGCUUUGAUAUACUCUUUGCAGACUUUGAGCUGAGCUACGUGUCUUCGUUGGUUUCGGUGAAGUCACCUGAAGAAAUCUAUAGGCAACAGGAGAUUGUUGUGCUCUUCUGCGAAACUGUGGCCAGAGCUCUAAAGCUUGGCUACUUGACGCAGGAGAUGAUUGAUGGCUAUGAGCCGCAGCUGAUGUUCACAAUUCCUCGCCUGGCCAUUAUUAGUGGGCUUCUGAUCUACCCCGAUGGGCCCCUCAACUUGGAACGAAAGCCCGAGGACAUAUCUCGAGUCUUCAGCCCUUUUUAUGUCUUGCUUAGAAAAAUCAGAGACCUGCUGCUUGUGCUGUCCAAAGAAGAGCUUUACAUGUUGGAGAAACGUGUCCUGAAUGAAAGUGCUACAGACUCGCAGGCUUCCUGUGAAGUGGACUCUGCUGACUUUGGGAACUCUGUGGUGCGACAUGCUUGCCUAUCUGUUGCAAGGCAUCCUGGGCAGGAGUCUAAGAACACCCAGAUAGGAGCCAUUGCUGAUGUUUCACAGCACUCCCGGUGGUUGGAAUUGCGUGCCCAUUAUAGCAACACCGAGGACAUGAUCCACACAUUAUUUGUCUGUAUCUCUGGAGUGGCAGAUCAGCUCCAAACCAAUUUUGCCAGUGACCUGCGCACCAUCCUGAAGACAGUAUUUGAAAUUGCGACAUCUCGAACAGAGGAACUGGAAGUGACAGACACUGGCCAGAUGGGGGUCUGUGUGGCACCAGCAGUUCCUCAUCUGGCAGACUGUGCUCUGUGCUCCAGUGGUAGGCAAGGCCAUGGGAGAGAAGAUGCAUUGGAACCCCCAGACUGGGUACCAGACAGCACUUGCAGCCAUUGCAUGGCUUGCCGAGCACCUUUCACUUUUCUUCGUCGACGACAUCACUGUCGGAGUUGUGGGAAAAUCUUCUGCUCUCACUGCUCAUCGCACUUGGCACCUCUACCCCACUUCAGGCAGUUGAAGCCAGUCCGCAUCUGUACUCACUGCUAUACUACCCACAUACCUUCCACCCACAAAGAUGCCAGUUGCUUGUGAGCAUCAGCCUAUGGACUUGAGCUUUAUCACAUACCUUGUGUGCCUACAGAAACACUAAAGACUGGAAAGCAGCCUGCCACAUGCAAAAGACUGUGGGGCAACCACUUGUGUCUUAUUAGGAUGCUCUUGUGAGUGCUCCAGAGAGUUUUUCAUGGGAGGGGGGCGGGGUGGAACAGGAAGAGGAAGUUUUAGAAUGUCAGAGCAUGUGAUUUUUGUAUUAAUAUUUGAAGAACAUUUGUGACCCAUUUUGCCUGGAGCUAGAUUUAGUUGUAGAUAGCACUUGGGCAAACACUUCUGAAUGCUGUUAAUAGCCUCUUUCCCCUCCAUUGGUCCUUUCUCAGAUGGAGUGGACUGUAAUCCAUGUAAGGAUUGCCCGGUGCUGGUAGCCUGGCUUCCAGGAUUUCUGCAUUUAGGAAAGCGAGUGGGGGAGGGAGUCCAAGGCUAACUUUUCUGUCCUACAGGUUCAUUUUUGACAAGUCUGUAGAGGUGCAUUGCCUGACGUGGACUGCAGUGCAAUAAGGGCUUCAUGGUGCUUUUCAUUGAAACUGAAAGCAGGAUCUUGAGUCCAGCAGCACCAUCACAAAGCAUGUGGAGGAAAGCCAUUACUUUUUACCCACCAGCAUCUGACAUGUAGGAAGGGCUAAGAAGAAUUGUUUAGAAAAAGGCUGCAACAAACCUUGUAUGUUACUUUCUGUAAAAUUUUCUUGCCACACAAGCGUGUGGAAAAUGCUUUGGAGACCUCUCUGGGAGACUUACAGCUCCUCCCUUUGAGACGAGUGUGAGCUGGUAACCCUCCUGAAUACUUGAAUAAAUGCUGUCUGUUACUUUGCCAGCUUCUCUGGGUUCAAAAUAAAUUCUCACCACAAGAAGAUGCAAAUAA